CACUCAAGGACUCGAAGAAGCUCCGAGAAAAGGCAAAGUGCAUCUUUGCUGGACGGUGUUGGCAACGAGGAGAAACCAACGGAAGAGAAGACCACCACCAAACGGGCAACCAGCCGCAAGCCCUCUUGCUUUUUGGAACACUCCGAACCCGCCCGCCUCCAGCCCGGACCCCCUCGAGGCAGGCGAGCGGCCGGCCGCCACCCCUGCGUCUUGCACGACCUGCUCCCCCAUGAACUUGCCCAAACCCGAAAGCCUUCGCUCCACACCGCGGCGCAGCCUCCGGGGCUCCGACGGGGAGGACGGCGAGAUCGACAUCCUGGGAGAGGAGGAGGAUGAGGGCGAGGGGGAGGAGGACGAGGAAGGCGAGGCGGCGGAGAGCCAGCCGUUGCCAGGGCAGCUGCCCCCGCCGGGGACGCGGGAGGCGCGGCGCGGCGCGGGCGCGCUUGGCGGAGGGCUCCCCGAGGGCGGCGGCGCCCCGGCCGACGCCAAGUUGGGCCCCAAGUUCGGGGCGUCGAGCGGGUCCGCGGCGGCCUCCGCGGACGGCCCGCAGCCGGCGAAGCCCCCGUACUCCUACAUCGCGCUCAUCACCAUGGCCAUCCUGCAGAGCCCGCACAAGCGCCUCACGCUCAGCGGCAUCUGCGCCUUCAUCAGCGGCCGCUUCCCCUACUACCGCCGCAGGUUCCCCGCCUGGCAGAACAGCAUCCGCCACAACCUCUCGCUCAACGACUGCUUCGUCAAGAUCCCGCGCGAGCCGGGCCACCCGGGCAAGGGCAACUACUGGAGCCUGGACCCCGCGUCCCGGGACAUGUUCGACAACGGCAGCUUCCUCCGGCGCAGGAAGCGCUUCAAGCGCCACCGCCCGCCCCCGGGAGCCCACCUGCACCACCCCUUCCCCCUGCCCGCCGCGCCCGCCGCCCUGCACGGCCCCUACCCGGGCCUGCUGCUCGGGAGCCCAGCGCCGCCGCCCCCAGUGCCGGGGGCCUACCCCGCCGCCGCCUCCGGGAGCCGCCCGUGCGCGCUGCUGCACCCGCACCCCCUUCGCUACCUGCUGCUGUCGGCCCCGGCCUACGCCGAGACGCCCGGGAAGGCGCCAGGCGCGGACCCGGCCACCCCCGGCGCCCCCUCGGCCGUGCGGCCCUCCCCGGGCUCCCAGCCUUGGGAGGAGGGCAAGGGGUCGGCGGCGCGGCCGGGAGACGGAUGCGCCCCCUUCAGCAUCGAGAGCAUCAUGCGAGGGGUCCGAGGAGGAGGGGGGACGAGGGCCGCGCAGAGUCUGCCCCCGACUCCGUGGGGCUACUGCCACCUGCUGCAGCGCUCGCCGUGCCUGGUGCAUCACCGGGCGGCCACCCCUUUGCUGCACGUGUCGGCUGCCUCUGCGGCGUCCGCUGCCCGGACCGUGUUAGAGCAGCAGCAGCAGCAGCAGCAGCGGCGGCAGCAGGAGGACUGUACCAGCGGCCGCGCUCCCAGCGAGGGCGCUCUGCCGGGCCAGCACCUGUCCGCGGCGCGCCUGGGGUGUCCGCCCGGAGCGGGAGGCUCCAGGCCGACAGCGGUGGCCAGCCUUUCCGGCAGGGAGAGCAUCCUGCCGGCCUUCUGAGCGGCAUCCGCAACGCUGUCCUGGCGCUGACCCCGCCGGACACCCCUGGAGCCAAGCCGGGGGACGGCCCUUCGCGCCGCCCGCCCUCGCGCACGCCGCCCCGCGGGGCGGGGACCACGGGGGCGCGUCCGAUCUCCGCGUCGCAAGCACCACGAACUGGACCACGGUGCGGAUCGCUGCCGACUACGCACAGAGGAAAAGUUGGAUACUGUGCGGCCGCCUGGGCGUAACCUUCCGAUGGCGUCCACUCUCGCCCUCACUUUUCCAGCCUCCAGUUGUGGCUUCCAGGGUUUUUCCCAUUACCCAUUUCCAGAGUAACUGUGAACGUGAGUGGGACACUUUGUUCUGGUAUUUAAAAAAAGAAAAAGAAGAAAAAAAUAAAGAAAAUAAAUGCCCAAUGCACAACCUGUUUCCCCUCGUCGACUCCCUAGGAAUUGCAAAUAUUAUUCCCCGGUCAAGUGCAAAAUACUUGUUCUUUCUGUCUUCCUGAAAUCGAUGCGUAAUACAGACUUUUAAUUUUAAAGCGUUGACUUCUAAUGUGUGUGUCUGAUGUGGAAAGAUGCUAAAAUUAAAGCUAGCUAUAUAGACUAAAUAAAAUGCUAAGUCACCACACC